AUGGCUGUGGCUGUGGCUGACUAUGACUGUGUCUAUGACUGUGUCUGUGACUGUGUCUGUGACUGCGACUGGAGCUCUGGCUGUGGCUGUUUCCGUGGCUGCGACCGUGGCUGCGACCGUGGCUGUGGCUGCGACCGUGGCUGUGUCUGCGACCGUGGCUGUGUCUGCGACCGUGGCUGUGUCUGCGACCGUGGCUGCGACCAUGGCUGUGGCUGCAACCGUGGCUGUGGCUGCAACCGUGGCUGCGACCGUGGCUAUGGCUGCGACCGUGGCUGUGGCUGCGACUGA